AUGGAUGCUGAGGGCAAGGGUUCCACUGCACUAACAAGUGCUGAAACUACCAUCGAAAUUGUGCCUUCUACAUCACAGCGGGAUGGCCAAGUCGAAGUACUCACUGUCAUAGAUCGGUCACCGAAGAAAACGGGAAGGGGUUGGAGAUUCUGGUUAGUGUUCGUCGCACUGGAGCUUUGUGUGAUCCUAUCGGCCCUUGACUUGGCAUCAGUGGCGACUGCGCUACCGGUAAUCAUUCAUGAUUUGAACGGUACUGCCUCUUUCGCAUGGGUAUCGGCAGGGUAUACACUCGCUUCUGCUUGCGUGCUUCCGAUGAGCGGACACUUGGCAGACAUAUUCGGUAGACGGCCCGUGCUCAUAACCUUCAUACUGCUCUUCGCCCUCGGAUCCAUAAUAUGUGCAACAGCUAGGUCGAUCAACAUGCUGAUAGCUAGUCGAGUCAUACAAGGCAUCGGCUCAGGCGGUAUGCAGACAUUGACAAUGACUGUGGUUGGUGACUUGGUCACUUUGCGAGAGCGAGGAACAUUCAACGCGAUAACUGGAGCAACAUUCAGUGUCGCAUCUGUGAUUGGACCAUCCAUCGGUGGCGCGUUUGCUCAACAAACAACAUGGAGAGGACUAUUCUACCUCAACAUACCGCUAUCUGCCAUUGCCAUCACUGUCAUCGUCAUAUUUCUGAGACUUUGGCAGCCCAAAGUCAAUAGCUAUGUAGAAAGUUUCCUGCAGCUGGAUUGGUUAGGGAACACAUUGAUCAUAGGAGGUGGCACAUCAUGCAUUAUUGGACUGACGUGGGCAGGGUUCAGUCAUCCGUGGAAAUCCGUCGAAGUGCUCAUUCCCUUCGUAAUCGGCUUGGUAUGCCUGAUUGUUGCGUUCUUAUAUGAAUUUCUCUUGGCACGCCAUCUCUCCUCCAUCGUCUCGAAUCGGACUAGUUUCAGCGGGUAUUUUGGUUCUUUCAUGCAUGGCCUAGUCAUAUACAGUGCUAGCUUCUACCUACCGGUUUACUUCCAAGCUGUGAAGCUUGCGCCUCCGGUGCUCUCAGGAUUGUACAUUUUACCAAGUGCUCUCACCUUGUCGCCAUCUGCCAUAAUUCAAGGAAUUCUGGUCAACAAAACCGGACGGUACCGCUUGAUUAAUGCUAUCGGCUGGUGCGGGAUCCUGAUCGGGAUGGGACUUUUCUGUCUACUCCGCGUCGACACUCCCGUGGCUGUUUCUAUCCCAUUCCAAAUCAUAGCAGCUGCAGGGUUUGGAUUCCUGUUCGUUACGACAUUCUCUGUGCUCGCUCCGCUGGAAGUUGAGAACAACGCGCAAGCUCUGGCGUUCCUCACAUUUGCCAGAACAUUCUCUCAGUCCUGGAGCAUAGCCAUCGGAGCGACCAUUCUUCAGACUCGACUUCGACAUUGCCUGCCCGCUGCCUUUCUCAAUCAGUUUCACGCUGGUGACGACAUCUCAUAUGUCGCCAUCUCGUUGAUUAGGUCGCUGCAGCAGCCGCUGCAGGACGAAGUCAGAUUGGCAUUUGCGAACAGUUUGCUCACUCUGUGGCACGUUCUAUUGGCGUUCUGCGCUGCAGGAUUGCUCAGUGUGCUCCUGCAGAAGGAUCUACCUUUGCAUAACGACAGGAAUGAGAGAUGGGGACUUGAGGAAAGGCAAGGGCAGCCGCAAGCUGAGAAUCCCAAAGAGAAUGAGGAUCCUGGUAAGGAGAAUGUGUGAUUCGAUAAUG